AUGGCGGCGCCCAGCUUACCCACGCCAAAGCACGGGCACGUGGGCCGCGGCCGCUUUCGUGAUGUGUACGAGCCCGCGGAGGACACGUUCUUGCUGCUGGAUGCGCUCGAGGCAGCAGCGGCUGACCUGACUGGAGUAGAAAUAUGCCUUGAAGUAGGCUCAGGAUCUGGUGUAGUAUCUGCAUUCCUAGCCACUAUGAUAGGUCCUCAGGCUUUGUACAUGUGCACUGAUAUCAACCCCGAGGCAGCAGCUUGUACCCUGGAGACAGCACACUGUAACAAAGUCCACAUUCAGCCAGUAAUUACAGAUUUGGUCAAAGGCUUGCUACCGAGAUUGAAGGAAAAAGUGGAUCUUCUGGUGUUUAAUCCCCCAUAUGUAGUGACUCCCCCUGAAGAGGUAGGAAGUCAAGGAAUAACAGCAGCCUGGGCUGGCGGCAGAAACGGUCGAGAAGUCAUGGACAGAUUCUUCCCAGUGGCUUCAGAUCUCCUUUCACCAAGAGGAUUAUUCUAUUUAGUUACCAUUAAAGAAAACAACCCAGAGGACAUUUUAAAAACAAUGAAGACAAAAGGUCUGCGAGGGACCACUGCACUUUCCAGGCAAGCAGGCCAAGAAGUCCUUUCAGUCCUCAAGUUCACCAAGUCCUGACAGACAGUGCGUUCUGAGUGCUACUGGAAACAGUGCAUUCAGCAUGUUUUGGAACUGAAGUCGUUCCUUGUUAAUCAAGGAAUGACAUUUGAGUUAUUUCAAAUUUCUCAAAAUUUCUUUGUUAUCGUACCUUUUAUAUAUAACAGUUUCUUAUAUUGUUAUGGAUAUAAAGGUAGGAUAUUUCCUUUCACCCAGGAAUCAGGCCUACAGAGUUAUUUACACAAGUGUAAGUAAAUAUGUGUAUAUUUUUAUUUUAUACAUAAAAGGUACAUCUUUGCAAACGUCUUUUUCUCUGUACCUAUCCUAUCCCAAUCCCCAACAGAAGCAGUUUCCUUCUAAAGUUUAGUCAGAUUUAUUUCCUACCCUCUGACAUGUAAAUGUUGUGCCAGUAAGUCUAGAAUAGUGGCUACUUUGACUUCACUAAGUCCAGUCAGCAAAAUGUCAUCAAUAGAAGAAGUUUGUUAUAUAUCAUCAAUAUAAGAAUUUGUUAUAAACAAAUUCCCUUGUUAAUCAAGGAACGACAUUUGAGUCAUUUCAAAUUUCUCAAAGAAGAAGAUGGAAAGGUGGGGUAUUUCCUUUCACCCAGGAAUCAGGCCUACAGAGUUAUUUGCACAAGUGCAAGUAAAUAUGUGUAUGAUAUUUAUAUUUUAUAUAUAAAAGGUACAUAUGAAAGGAUGUUUAUUUCAGCAUUGUUUAUAAUUGCAAAACAAUAGAAUCAACUUAACUAUCCAGCAGUAAGGAGAUUGGUUAAAUAAAUUACAGCAUGUUCAUUUCACGGAACUUGCAGCCAUUGAACAUGAGUCAGUCUGUACGUACCAGACGGGGAUCCAUGAUGUGAAGAGAUCAAGUUGCAGUAUGAUACUUUGCUAUAUGCAUAUUUUUAAAAAACCAACGAGGGCGGCGCCUGUGGCUCAAGGAGUAGGGCGCCGGUCCCAUAUGCCGGAGGUGGUGGGUUCAAACCUAACCCUGGCCAAAAACCACAAAAAAAAAAAAAAAAAAAAAAAAAAUGAGGGAUGUUUAUGUAUAUAAAUGCAUCUUGGAGAUUAUAGAAAAUGGGAAUGGAGGAACUUGAGUGGUGGCCUUUGAUUUGCAUAGUGAUAAUGUUGGAGAAUGACAGUGGAUUUUCAUAAGCUUACCCAGGUGGUGACUCCACUUGGAACUGCUGUACCAGAUGUGGUUUCAUUACUGAGCAAAUGAACAUAUCCGCUGGUGCCUAUUUUGCAGCUGUUCAUAGGCAAAUGUCUUUUUUCUCUGUACCUAUCCUAUCCUAAUCCCCAACAGCAGUUUCCUGCUAAAGUUUAGUCAGGUUUAUUUCCUACCCUCUGACAUGUAAAUGUUUUGCCAAUAAGUCUAGAAUAGUGGCUAUUUUGACUUAGCACUAAGUCCAGUCAGCAAAAUGUCAUCAGUAUAAGAAGUCAGUGUGAUAUCAUGAAGGGAAAGGUGAUCAGAAUCCCUGCAAACUAAAUUAUGACAUGGAGCUGGAGAGUUGAUAUACCACUGAGGUAGAGGAUAGCAUCCCUGGAGUUCCUCAUUCAGGAGGUCUGGGGUGGGACCGGAGAAUGUGCAUUUCCAACAAGUUCACAGGUUUGAUAAAUUAAAUGGUAGUCCACAAAGAUAUCAGAGCCUAAUCCCUAGAAUCUGUACAUGUUGUUUUACAUGACAAAAGGUGAAUAUUGUAAAUCAAAAGAUGUUAUUAAAUGGGAGAUUUUGAAAUGGGGAGAUUACCUGGGUUAUCUUUGUGGACCUUACAUGCGGUCACUUACAUCCUUUAAGAAGGAGGCAGAAGAAAAUGCUACCACAGCAGAGAAAGUGAUGGGACUGAUCCCGGAGAUAGUGAUCGGAGUGAUGUGAUCAAGAAGUGUCAGCAGCCAGCAGUUAGCUGGAAGAGGAAAGGAACAGGUUGUCUUCUAGAGCUUCAGGAGGAAGCGUGGCUCUGCUUACACAUUAAUAUUGGCCCAGUGUAAUUUAUUUCAGACUCUGUGGGAGAAUAUAUUUCUGUUAUUUGAAGCCACCACAUUUGUGAUAAUUUGCCAUAGCAGCCACAGGAAACUAAUAUACCAUGUGAUGAUAAUGAUGUUGGUCUUCAAGAAAUAAAGUUUACCAAAAGUAAUAAGAAUAAAAAGCCUAGGUAAUUAUAUGUUCAUUAUGAAACUCCCCCUAAAAAAUUAAAACAAUUUUUGGUACACAUAAGUUGAGUUUUGUAGCAUUUUCAAAAAGAUUUCAGUUUUAUACAGUCUUCCAGAGAAACAAAAAGAAUGCCCAGUCCCUAUAUUAAUGAGAAUAAGAUAAUAGUUAAUAACCCCAGAAUCUGCAGAGCUUAGCAAUUUAAAAAGUUCUAGUUGUUCAGGUUAUAAUCCUGAGUGGUCAUGGGGAGGAGAAAAAAAAGAAGAGCUCUCAAAGCCCAUGAUGUUAUUCAGGAACCCAGAAUCUUUCCAUCUUGUGAUACCCCAUCUUCAACAUAGACUUGUGAGGAUGGAAUUGACACAUUGGAAAUUUCUAAGGGCUGGGUCUCUACAUGGCUUCCAUCUGCAUUUGUUUCAUUGGCCAGAACUCUUGACGUGUGGUCCCAGCAUAACUGCAAAGGUCUCCAAAGCAAUUCAGCCAUCCCAGAGACAUGAGGGAAUAAAGGGACAUUGAAGAGCACAAGCCGCUUUUGCUUUGGGGGAGGAACCCUUCUCACUUGCUCUUGUGAUUCAACUCCACCUUUCAAAAUCUUCUGCCUUAUCUAUUCUUUCCCUUGGCCACAUUUGACAUGUUACCUGGUGCCAGCAUCACAUCCAAUCUCUAACCUCAAAGUGACCGUGGAAAGGGGCAAGAACAGUGGAAUACAACUUGG